AUGCCAACCUCCCGCUCUUCCGUCCUUCCUUCGCGGCGCUCCUUGCCGUCGCUGCGCAGCGCGUCGCCCUCCCUGCCACGGCAAACCUCCGUCAGGCGGCACGCGAUUGAGUGCUCGCAGUACAAAGGAAAAUUCCCGCUCAACCCACCACCGAUUCCGCCGCCAUCGCCGCCCGCGGAGUCCCUCUUCGCGAUUCUCGCCAACACGCACACGCUCCUCGAGCUCGCGCUCGCCGUCGCCGUCCCCCUUAUAAGCGGCUCCAUCGUCGCGCUAGCAGCGAGUCCGCUGCAGGAGUGGUACGCGGAGCUGCAGCGGCCGUGGUUCCAGCCGCCCGAUUGGCUCUUCGGCGCCACGUGGUCGAUCCUGUAUCCAAUCAUGGGCGUCGCGUCGUUCCUCGUGUGGCGCGAGGGCGGAUGGGCGGCGCAGAGAGGACCGUUGCUGAUGUAUGGCGCGCAGCUACUGGUGAAUUUGGCGUGGCCUGUCGUGUUCUUUAAGAUGCACAGGAUUGGUGCCGCGCUGGGGGUUAUAGCGCUCCUCCUCCUCCUGGCGUGCCUCACGCUCCUCUCCUUUGCCACAGUCAGCCCGCUGGCAUCAGCUCUCUUCCUGCCCUACGUCCUCUGGGUGGCCUUUGCAACAGCACUUAACCUCGCGCUCUG